AUGGUGGUGUUGGGCCAGGUAGAUGCCGGUAAGUCCACCACCGUCGGCCACCUGGCCCGCGACUGCGGCGCCGUAGACCAGCACACCAUCGACCAACUGGGGGCUGAGGCCGCCGCGCUCGGGCGGUCCUCAUGCAAGUACGCCUGGGUGCUCGACCGGCUCAAGGCCGCGCGCGAGCGUGGCACCACCAUCGACGCCGCCGAGCUGACCUUGACCACCGCCAGCCGCCGCCUCACCAUCGUCGACGUGCCCGGCCACCGGGACUUCCUGCGCAACAUGCUCUUCGGCACCUCGGGCGCCGACGCCGCGCUGCUGGUCGUGCCCGCCGACCAGGCGGAGUUCGCCGCUGGCAUGUCGCAGUCCGCAACAUCGCAGGGCUUGACCCGCGAGCACCUGCGGCUGGCCUACGCACUCGGGCUGCGGCAGCUAGUGGUGGCCUGCAAUAAGAUGGACGCCGUGGGCUGGUCCGAGCGCCGCUUCGGCGUCGUGCGGGCCGAACUGGCCGCGCUGCUCAAGAAGGUCGGCUUCCGCCCCGAGAAGGUGGCCUUCGUGCCCAUCUCGGGCCUCCACGGUCACAACCUGGUCAACAACCAGGCGGCCGCCGCCGAUGAGCCACCACCUGUGACGAUGCCCUGGUACGCGGGUCCGACUCUGAUCGAGGCCCUCGACGCCAUCGAGCCCCCCGGGCGGCGCCUGCUGCUGGACCGUCCCCUGAGGGUGCCGCUCCAGGACGUGUACAAGAUCGGCGGCAUCGGCACGGUGCCGGUGGGUCGCGUGGAGAGCGGCGUGCUGUAUCCGGGCACGCCUAUCGUGUUCGCCCCGGGCAACAUCACCGGCCUUGUCCACAGCGCCGAGCAGUUCCACAACAGCAUGACCGAGGCCGGGCCGGGUGAAAACGUAGGGUUCAACGUGAAGCAGGUGUCGGUGCGCGACAUCCGCCGGGGCCACGUGGCCGGCGACGUGUGGCGCGACCCGCCGCUCGGGGUGUUGGACUUCACGGCGCUGAUUGUCAUCACCAACCACUCGGGCCGCAUCGAGGUGGGCUACACGCCCGUGGUGGACUGCCACAUGGCCCAUGUCGCGUGCACCUUCAAGGAGCUGGUGGCGCGACUGGACCGGCGCACAGGCCGGACGCUCGAGGCGCGGCCCAAGUGGCUCAAGGCGGGCGACGCCGCGCUCGUGGUGCUGGCGCCGGUCAAGCCAUUGUGCGUGGAGGCGUUCGUGAACCACCCAGCGCUCGGUCGCUUUGCCGUGCGUGACAUGCAGCAGAACGUGGGCAUCGGGGUGAUCAAGUCCGUCACCCGCGAGCGACCAGUCCGGCCCGACGCUGUCGGCGAGUAG